AGGUCAGCGUGUGAAGGAGGCAGUGGUAACGUGGGUUUCCCCGCUGCUGCUCUGGAGCAACGGCCGAGCUCAGUACCUCGGCCUGAGGCGGCGGCGGGAAGCGGACAGAAUUUUGCUGUGACACCAUGGAGGGCGGUGGGGGCAGUGGCAACAAAACUACGGGGGGCUUGGCCGGCUUUUUUGGAGCCGGCGGAGCUGGUUACUCACACGCAGAUUUGGCCGGCGUCCCGCUAACUGGUAUGAACCCUUUGUCUCCUUAUUUAAAUGUGGAUCCCCGAUAUCUUGUGCAGGAUACCGAUGAGUUUAUUUUACCGACUGGAGCUAAUAAAACCCGGGGCAGGUUUGAACUGGCCUUCUUUACCAUUGGAGGAUGUUGCAUGACUGGGGCUGCAUUUGGGGCAGUGAAUGGUCUUCGGCUAGGAUUGAAGGAAACCCAGAACAUGGCCUGGUCCAAACCAAGAAAUGUACAGAUUUUGAAUAUGGUGACGAGGCAAGGGGCACUAUGGGCCAAUACUCUAGGUUCUCUGGCUUUGCUUUAUAGCGCAUUUGGUGUUAUCAUUGAGAAAACACGAGGUGCAGAAGAUGACCUGAAUACAGUGGCAGCCGGAACCAUGACGGGCAUGUUGUAUAAAUGUACAGGUGGGCUUCGAGGGGCUGCACGAGGGGGUCUGGCGGGCCUAACACUUACCAGCCUGUAUGCACUGUAUAACAACUGGGAGCACAUGAAAGGCUCCUUGCUCCACCAGUCACUCUGAAGAUUUUGCCAACUCAUGGAGGACACUUCUAGUAGUUAUCCAGUUUAUAAGCCAGUCUGGAUUUAUUUUCUCCUGCCUACAAUUCAUUUGAAAAAUUGGAGAUUCUGAUUUGCUAUAACGAAGAUCAUGGAUAACAGAUACCCAGGAACCAGCAGCCGUUCUUGCCCUCAAUGAGCUGAAGCCAAAACCCUUUGGUAGCUCACUUAAGUAACAUGGUUCUCUUUUUUCUUUGGAGAUGAUCUUGCACCUAUCUGUUCUCUCUCCGACCCCUGAACUGGAAAGCCACUUAUUCCCAGAAUUCAGGUCAUACUUACUGUCAGUUCUUUAUCACGAAAUUUGUUCAUUAAUGACCUGAAACUGUAAUAUUGCCUUGUACUCUAAAUAAAGGGUGAAAAUAGAACCAGA